AAAAUAUCAUCCAUAUUCAUGUGCCUAAAUUUUAUAUUUCCAUUGUUAUAUCAUAAUUGUCUUUAUUAUAAAAAUGUUUCUCCCUAAUUUUUUCAGUGUUGGUGUUUUUAUUUGAAUGUAUUGAAAUUUGCUCCGUCGUAAGCAGCGUUUGGGCAUCUCUGCUCUCAAAGAUUUUUUACAAAAUCGUAAGCACAACCACGAGGUAACCAUCAACAUACGACAACGAAGCAGAAAAAUGGAUAUUACUAAAUUGAUAUCCGAAGUCGAACAGCGUCCCGCUCUGUGGGAUAUAACCCAUCCGGGGCACGGUGACCUUACGGAGAGGAGAUUUCAAUGGCUCGGCGUGGCAUUGGAAAUAGGUGCCAAUGCGGAACUGUGUCAGCGCAAGUGGCAGAGCUUGCGCCGCAGCUACCGGAGGUGCGUUAGCUUACACAAUCACUGGAUCCACGCCGAAGCCAUGCAAUUUCGAGAGCGAAAACGACAACGACGAGAACGACAACGACGAGGACGAGAACGGCAACGACGAGAACGACAACGACGAGAAUGACAACGACGGGAAUGAGAACGACAACGACGAGAACGAGAAUUACAACGACGAGAAUGAGAACGACAACGACGAGAACGAUGAGAACGAGAUCGACGACAACUACUUCUUCGUCAUUAGUUUGUUGACGACGAUGAGGAGGAUGACGCCAUUGCAAAAUAUCGAAUUUCGCACCAUGGUGAUGGAUGCUUUGCGCUGUAUGAUGACCAAAAUGCAACAGGAGCAACAGGAGCCAUCCAGCACCACACAUUAAAAUAAACAAAAAAAAUUCCAUACAAUAUAUUUAAUAUAUAAAUAAAAAUAUACCGUAUGGCGAAAAUACAAAUUAUGAAUUAUACCGCACUGCAAUUCGU